AGGAACGGGUGAGACAAGGUGGAGAGGAGUGAAAGGGAGGAAAAGGGGAGCAGAGGGGGGAGGGGAAGGAGAACCACCACCAAAAAGGUCAAGGGGGGGUUUCUUCUCUCAGGCGUGACGUGGAGGGCCUCCCAAACACCGACCAAGACUGGCUGCAUGUAUCACCCAGCAGAGCUGUACUCUGGCCGUGACACAUGGGACUCCUACACACCUGGAGGACCAAACAAAGGACAAUGGGCUCCUAACAGUCGACCCUGGGCCCACACACAGAGAUGCCAAGGAGGACGCAAUCAAUCACAUCAACCAUCGUCAAGCCAUCUUUAUAAUAGGGGGGACAGAACAACUACCCAUGUGGAUGACAAGGGUAUUUCUAAGGGGCACAGGCAGCCUUUACAUCUUUGGGAUGGCAAAGACCAGCUGUAUAAGGCCCAGAACUGGCAUCACAACUCUCCACGUGUAUUCCGCAACCCAGGUUUUCCAACAGGAACGGGAGACUGCUACAAAAACUGGGACAGUAAUGUCAGCAACUCCAUGCAUUGGGGCCCUCGCCAACAUCGCAACAGCACAGACCUCCAGUCCUCACAAGGAAGGUGGACCCCUUCAGACUGCCGCGGAACCUACCCAGACAGAAUGAUAAACCACAGAGUGCCCUGGAAACGGCCAGCUCCCCACCAGCGGCGAGAUCACCUGCACCAGCACAGUCCACCCCCACAGCACCCUGUGUCUUUUAGAGAAGAUUGUCCUGCAAAGAGGCGGAGGAACUCCAGUCCUGAACAGUCAUCUCAUCUGGGCUCAAAGCAUUUACCAUCACUAGCCCACGCCCCGUCAUCAUCUCACCACCACCACUUCAACCAUGACGACUGGAAACCUCAAAAUGACAGGGCAGGUCCUUACCAUCUCUCCGACCACAGGACCUCAGCAACACAGCAACAGGAAACCUCAAAAGUGCGUGCUGGAAAUUGCCUUCGUAAAAGUAACCUAACAGCUCCUAACCAGAGCGGUGGCAGCCGACCAACACACGAAAAAAGAGGGAACCCCUCUCCACCAGCAGACCACACCCGUGUGCCUUACCGCCACCAACACCAUCAUUACCACCAUCAGCGGCACACAGGCCACCACCACAGACCAGGACAGCACAACCCCCAGCUCCACUGUCCGGAGGAAAAAGACCCACAGAGUCACCGUUACAAGCAAAGCACAGAACUUCAUCAAACUCAGCAAAGGUGCAAUUCAAGGGAACCAGGCCUCUCUAAGACCUCUGGUGCAGAUUCUCCAAUCUAUUCAUCCUUCCAUUGCAGUCCUAAAGAUGGUGGCUCAGCUACCAGGAGUCCACCUCUUCCUUCCAGUCCUUCUUCAUACUCUGCAACUAGUAACAGAAAAGAACCACUGACCAAUCAUCCGUUUCCCCCUAGUAAAAAUGGAGAACAGACCCUCCACGGAAACCCAAUCCACCAGAUGAGACCGAGCCCGUCACAUGACAUGUCUUGUACAUCUUAUGGAGUCCUAAAAUCCAGGGUUCUUGUCUCCGAUGUGAAAUACAGAAAGCCAUCACAGUCUCAGUGCUCUCGACAGUCUCCUUUAAGCAGAAGAAAAGCAAACAAGUCUGAGGUGGAGCUGAAAGAGCAUAAAAACCUUCACCGUAAGCAAAAAGAUAAGCUGGCGAAAAAACAUAAAAAUGGUGAAGUUCACAAGGCAAACACAAAGCGUGAAUACAGAAAACUUUUGAAGAAAAAAGGGAUCAAAAGUGGGGCUUGCAGAAAAAAGAAAAAGGAGAAAGCAACAAAGAAGCCCAGUGAGUUGCAUUCUAAAAUUAAGAAAAGAGAAAGAGAAAAGUUCACUUCCACUUCAGUACGUUCCUCUUCAAGAGAGGCCAAAAUUUGUAAGACGAAGGAUAAUAUGACCUCAGAUAAGCAGCGCCAGUUGCCAACUUCCAAACGCAAGCACAAGAAGAAAACUGAGAGACCAGAGAAGGCAUCAAGGAAACACCAAGUAUCCAUCAAUACUCACGACACCUCAGAGAAUCAUUCAUCCCCUCAUAAAGUUCCUCACAGAGACACAUCAACAAAACCAUCCACAAAAUCCCCAAAUCACGAAAUGACCCGCAACCCUGAAAAAUCCCCUGUUAUUAAACAACUAGUGAAGUUUCUAUCCAAGAACACCAACCCCAAACAGAGCAGCGGUAAGCCCAUCACAGUGUUGUUCCAGUCCGAAGGUGGAACCAAAACAAACUCAGAUGACGCACUUCCUUCCCUCUUGCACAAAGCCUUAGCACCUCUCAGUAAAGUGUGUUCCAUCACCAUCAAGCGGCCCAUGAUUGGUAAAGAUGGUGGAUUUGGGUCCAUUCUUAAUGCCCCAGACCUGCAGCCAGUUGCUGUAAUGGGCAGUUUGAGGGAAACAGUAGACAACCCUGCCAACAGCCCUCCUGUACUCAGCUGGCAAGGCUCUCCAGUAUCAGAUUUGGGAGAAGAUGAGGAUGAUCUAGAAAAGGGUGUGAUAAGUAGACCCGUCCUGCAGCCAAGCCCUACCCAGUGCUUUUCUCCUCCUCAUGUAGACAAUGAUGGCACCAGUGAUGUGAACAAGGAGCCAUGUGAAAGUGUACCAUCAGAUUUUUGCCAUGAGGAUAAGGCAGACAUUUGUGGUUUAUCUCCUACAACCAAACAAACUGAUGAGGAAGAAAAGGUAGACAAGAGGGACACAUCUGGUUCCGUGGUUCAACUUCGUCACAAUAAGGCAGGAUUGGAUGAUGUCUUUAAGAGCCUUGCCACGUUUCUUGGAGGUCAGAGAGUUACAUGUCGAGGUGGUCCAUUUGGGGGUGUUUCCAGUAACAUCACAAAGGCGGUGAAGCACUGUUCUUCGCUUGGAAUGGGGUCAGAGACCUCCCACGAAUCAGUUCACACAGAUUCUUCCAAACCCAGUAACCUAUCACCGACUCACACCACCUCAGAAACUCUGUUGAAGUCCCAUAAUCCCACAGAUGCGAGUGAACCUCCCACUGGCACCAGCAUUCUGGAAAAGACUGAGAAUCACGUAAGUGACAAAAAAGAGGCCCAGGAUACUAAAGUUGUUCCUGAGAGGACCGAGUCAUCUCUGCUGGAAGGGUCGCUGAGUGCUGAGCUGAGACUGACCACCACACAUGCAGCUUCGCUCACCGGCCUCCUCACUGUAACCACCAAGGGAGACACAGAAGACCUCAGAGAUCCAGAGCGAAAAAGGAAACAAAAGUCCAAGGAUGGAAAACAAGAAGUAGAGAUACCGCGUAAAAGAAACAAAAAAGACAGCAGUGUCAUCUGCAAACGUCACAAAAACAACAAAGUAAAUCAAAAAAGAGGUUUGGAAAAAAGGAAAAAACAUAAAACUUCUUCUUUAUCAUCAACUGAAGCCAUCUCCAGAAAGCCACCGAGACCUGUUAAAGACUGUCAGAAGGGCCCGAUUCCUCAGGAAAAUGAAACCCCAGAGGAAAAAUGGACCCAGCAAGAGAAGACGCACACUGGGAAAGCUGAGCAAGUGCCAGUCAUAGAAACGAAUAAAGAAAACAGUGAACUAGAAAACAAGAUAGUUACGGCAGCUGAAAACAAAGACAACAAGACCUCAAGCUCAGUGCCAAGUCUAACAAUCGGUACAUCCCAUCUAAAUGUCUUGACAACACGAUAUGAACCUCCAUGUUCAUUAAAUCCAGUGGACCCCCUCAAACUGAAAGCAAUGCCAAUAACUUUGACAAAGGAACUCAAGAUUGUCUUGAUUAGAAUGAAAACUGAUGGCCGUCGAACAUUCAGCAUAUCAGAGGUGGAGGGUCAAAGAAUCCCACUUUCCAAGUGCAGCAUUGAAAACACAGCCACUGAAGUCAUUCGAGCUUGCAAAGGGGCGACAGUAAAGGGAAAAUUUAAGGAGUCUUACCUGUUCUCUGCCUCCUCUGUCAAACCAAACAUGGCCAUUGAGAUUGCCAUUCCUCGGGAAAAACUGAACCCUCCCACACCAAGUAUCUAUUUGGAGAGCAAGAGAGAUGCAUUCUCUCCAAUUUUGCUUCAGUUCUGCACUGAUCCCAAAAAUGCUGUGACAGUCAUCAGAGGCCUAGCUGGCUCGCUCCGUCUUAACCUUGGUCUGUUCUCCACCAAAUCUCUGGUGGAAGCCAAUGCUGACCAUGCAGUGGAAGUGAGGACUCAGGUUCAGCAGCCUGCUGAUGAAAACUGGAACCCCAACAGCUCAAGCCAGAUUUGGCCCUGCGAAAGCAGCCGUUCACACACCACCAUUGCCAAAUACGCCCAGUACCAAGCCUCCAGCUUUCAGGAGAGCCUGCAGGAGGAAAAGGAGAGUGAGAGUGAGGAGGAUGGACAGCAGCCCUCAGAGCCUUCAGCCACCACUAAAGCUGCUCUGACCUCAGCCAAAAGUAAAAACAGCAAAGCCAACUCUGCUCCUGUCAUCUGCAAAACCCACACUGUCAAAGCUACCGGCACACACAGUUCGGUGCAUAAACCUGUGGGAAAGAUCAUCAAAUUUGGGACCAACAUUGACCUCUCUGACCCUAAAAGGUGGAAGCCACAGCUGCAGGAGCUCCUGAAGCUGCCGGCGUUCAUGCGUGUGGAAUCCAACAACAACAUGCUCAGUCAUGUCGGCCACACGAUCCUCGGCAUGAACUCUGUCCAGCUGUACAUGAAGGUUCCAGGCAGCCGCACACCAGGUCACCAAGAGAACAACAAUUUCUGCUCAGUCAACAUCAACAUUGGGCCCGGUGACUGUGAGUGGUUUGCUGUCCACGAACAUUACUGGGAGGCAAUCAACGAGUUCUGUGACAAGCAUGGAGUAGAUUAUCUUACAGGCUCUUGGUGGCCAGUCCUGGAAGACCUCUACAGCUCCAACAUUCCUGUGUACCGCUUCAUCCAGAGACCCGGUGACCUGGUGUGGAUUAACGCAGGGACUGUGCACUGGGUCCAAGCUGUGGGCUGGUGCAACAACAUCGCCUGGAAUGUGGGACCGCUGAACUCUUAUCAAUAUCAGCUCGCCCUGGAACGCUUUGAGUGGAACUUGGUGAAGAAGGUUAAGUCGAUUGUUCCCAUGAUCCAUGUUUCCUGGAAUGUGGCUCGUACCAUCAAGGUCACCGACCAGGACACCUUCAAGAUGAUCAAGCACUGCCUGCUGCAGUCCAUCAAGCAUAUCCAGAUUCUCAGAGACCAGCUGGUGGCUGCAGGGAAGAAGAUCUCUUACCAGAGUCGCGUGAAGGACGAGCCAGCUUAUUACUGCAAUGAGUGUGAUGUGGAGGUGUUUGACCUGCUGUUUGUGACCGGUGAAAACAGCAGUAAGAAGACCUAUGUGGUGCACUGUGAGGACUGUGCCCGAGCUAGGAGCCCCUCCCUGUCAGGAAUCGUGGUGCUGGAGCAAUACCGCAUGGAGGAGCUGAUGAGAACAUAUGACAGCUUCACCUUGUCUCCAUUGCCCUUUUCAAAGUGACGACUCCACCCUGGUGUCUAUCAGCCAUAACCAAAACUCUAAGGGCAGCACAAAUGUUGUCUUCAAGGCAGUCGCUUCCUGCAAAACACUUUCUGAAAGCAGCCAAUCACGUUUGCUCAGUAUUGUUUACAUCACACAAUAAGGUAUGGAUGCUCAGCUGAUCCAACUAUAUAGCUCACUGUUUUCCCCACACCAGCUGCUGAUUGGACUCGUGUUGUGAAAUAGAAUGACUAGAUUGGUGCUUGUCAUGAAAAGCAUUUUGGACAUGUACAAAAAAAAAGCAAAGCACUGAUAGCACGGAAAAUCAGGUUAAAUGUGUGUGACGGACACUGCUGUGAUUCACAAGCAUCAAGUAGCCAGUUUUGUGUCUGAAUUCAGGUACUUUUAUGCAAAUCCAGUAGAACUUUUUUACACCACUCUAGUUAUUCUACGUGUCCAUGAAUUUGCUGUGAUUCUGUUGUACCAGCAGGGGGAUCGCUGCACAGGAGAAGUAGCUGAUUGUCACAUUGGCAUUGUAUUGGUUCCUGUUUUGUUUGGUAUUCAGGUAAACUCUUGACAUGUCUAAUUCCUGUCUGUAUACACUUCAAGGUGCUAUUCCAAUCUUAUUUAUUCAGCUUAAAUACUUAUAAAGUUUUACCAGCCUAGAAGUACACCACAUUGGCCUUUUGAAAUGUAUUUAGAGGUAAUUCGAGGACCGAAAACACAAAUAAGGUUUUAUGUAAGCAUUAAAAAAAUAAACUUUUCACCCGUUUCUUGAAAAUACGGGUUUACUAGAGGACUGAUGUGGUUUCACUCUUUGUUGGGAAUCACGUCUGUAUAUAGAAAAUUCAAAUUUUUUUUUCUUGUUUUUAAAGCUAACCUGUCGUUGGUGUCGUUUCUCUGACAGACCUCUUGUGAUUUUUACUUGUGGAGUGGGAACGCAAUCCCAGUUUUACACCUCUUUCGUUGUUCUUCUUUCCACACAGAAAAUAGAUUUGUAAAUUGUGAAUUAAUUUAUAGUAAAUACGUUGGUGUGCACGGGCGUGGGGUACGGCGGGGGUUCGUGACUGUUGUUGAGGUGUUAAAAGGUCAACAAACAACAAAAGUAAAAAUUAAAAGGUUCUAAAUGUAUAAACAAUCUGAUGCAAAAACUUAAUGUGGACAGUUAGACCUGCGUGACUGCAAAAACAAACGUUUGACCUCAGACUUGGUCUUCAGUCAUCAGUAGUUUGGUGUUAGGGUUCCAGGUCAGAUCUCACUCCAGCUGUUGCAGGUACCAUCAAGUGCAAUGUAUUUUCCAGAGUGCAAGUUGCACCUUUUUUCUGUAUUAUCAGCUCUUGAAUUUGGGAUCUUUAUGCAUUAUUGUACAGUGAUUUUUAUUAUUUUAUUAUUAUUCUUUCAUUACUGAAGUUUACUUUUACUGCUGAAAGCCUCUUUAUAAAUAAUUAUUAGAUUAUUAUUAAUAAGAAACAAUAAUGAACAAUAAUAAUUAUUUUUUGUAUAGAAGUCACAGAACCUCCCAAACUAGUUAAAAAAGUCAUAUACUCUGGAAAAUACUGUAAUACAAAUGUUAAAGAUUUUUUUCAAACCAUGUUUGUUUUUUGGGAACAAAAAGCUAAUGAACUGGUUUUGCAAAAGAAUAAAACAAGUUUGUAACUGUUAACAGUUCUUAAAUUUUGCUCCUGAGACACUGAGGACUUGACUUUUUUUUAAUCCAAAGUGCAGUGUAGCCUGAUGAGACAAAGUGGAGAAAAACCAACCACAGUUUGUGACACUUUGUGGAACUUUAAGGAAUGUUUCUGCCUUGAAUUCUGUUCAUCAGGCUGUGCUAAAUCCUAGAUUGCAGACAGCGAGAGGUCGUGCAGGUCCAUAUGGUGCAAUAAUGUAUUAUGCUGUUUGUUUACUGAAAAGUGUCAAUCAUUUGGCCCAGAGGCAGUAGAGGACAAUCCUUCACUAGAAGAAGAAAAUAAUAAUAAUAAUAAUCUUUCUAUUAACCAAAUAUUUGUGGCUGCUGGUCGCCUUUAAGUGUUUUAUUCAAACAAGUAUACACACACUCACACACAAAACCGACAGGCACGGUGAGAUUAUAUCAAUUUGUUGCAAGAAUUUUCCAAAUAAUUGUAAGGAUUUUCAGGCUAGGUUUCAUCUGUUUAAAAAACAAAAACAAAACAAAAAACAGUUUUUGGUUUUAUUUUGGCUCCAAAACUAACAAGGUGAUGGUUAUGAUAUUCAUUGAGAACAUUAGAUAGAAACUGCGCCCCGUGUGCAGCUCAGCACUUUGCGUGUACUGUGAAAUAGCUGCUGUAAAUUUUACAGUCAAUUCCCGGUAGCCUGUGUGCCAGUUAUUUACUGUAAAUAUUACUAUAACUGAUAUCUGCUGCAGCACCUGAGCUAUGUCACUACUCCCAGAAUGCACUGUCUUAUAGUAAUAUACUCUAUAAGUGUUGCUGUAAUCUACUGCGACACUUAGAGUAGAAUAGCAUACAAACUACACCUAAAUUUUACAGUGUGGCAGCAUCCUUUGUGUAGAAAUUGUCUAUUUCCCACUUAACUAAGAAAUUCUAAAGCAGUUUUUAACAACACAAGAUUUUCUGUAUUUUGUUCAGUUCCACAGGAACUCUUGCUCAGACAUGGAUAGGGCAAUAUGCAUAUGUAGCAAAUAAAGAUGUAUCACAUACAUCUUUGUACUGGCGUUAUAAGUUCAGCGUAGCAUUACUGUAAAGUUGACUGUUAGAUUGUGGUCUUGAAACAUAAGAUUUCAUCGAAAACAUAGCAAGGGCAACACGGUUAUACACCUUCAUAAUACUUGCAGAAUUGUUGUAACUACUGUGCAUUACACUGGACCUUUAUGCCAACGGCCUGCUUUCCAUUUUCUGAAUGGAGAUUAAUCUUGUAUACUGUACAACAUCCAAGUCUUUGAGUAAUCAUUCCCGCUGUCCCCGUUAGCCUGUGCACACCUUUUAAUGUACAUAAUGUAUUGUUUUCAGGUUUACUCAGAUUUGUGCAGUUUUGUUCUCAAUCAAAAAUCUAAUUUGUAUGGGGUAACAUUUCUCCAACUCAGCUGUUUAUCUCUGUUGUCAAUAUAAUGUAAUGCACCCUUCAGAAUACUUUACAUUACUGAAAUGGGAAUUUUUUUUCCUAAUUUUAUACCUCUUUUUGUUGUCAGUUUGUUUUUGGAUGACAAAAUAAAAAGAAAAAUUGUAAAUGUGACAUUAUUUAUACUGUAUAUGGUUGUUUUCUCAUAUAUUUAUUGCAUAUCAAAGGUACUUCACUUGUUAAGGGGCUACAAGGUAUUUUAAAAUUGUGCUACGGUCGUGGUGUGUGAAUAGGGGAUCGGUGCAAUCAGGGGGUGGUUUAAAUUUUAUGGUGCUAGACCCCACCUGACCUCAAACCCCUCAGUAAACAGCAUAAAUGAUGUAUUAAAAUUAAUCUGUGAUACAAUUUAAACCAACCGGUUGGUGCUUAGAACCAUUUCACUAGAGUUUACUGGUGACAGAAAUGGAAUGAUGUCUUUGUACUGUAUCUAACAGAUAAAUACAAAAAAACUUUUUGAACUUUUUUCCAUUGUAUGAAAUUCAUAAAAUUGUGUAUAAAAUUGUGAGGCAUUAGUGGUUUUCUGAUGAACAUUAGCAGUAGAUGUAAUUCUUAACACCUUUUGCAAUGAUUUUUAGGUUUGUGACUUUUAAUGGCGUCAAGGUUUGAAUUUCUUUUCUCCUUCUUCUUCUUUUGUGUGUCUUUCACAUUAUUUGAAUGAUGUAGUGACUUUUUCCCCUCGUUUGAUUUAUGCUGCACUUACUGUUUGAAAAAGAAGCCGCAUAGAAAACCUGAGCCAGACCUGUCUUAAAUCUCUGUGAUUUUUUUUUUGUGACAUAUUGUAUUGCUGUUCAAGAAAAUAAAAUGUUUUGAUAAAUUA